AAUUGAAAUAUAUCCUUGAAAGUGAAGUAAAAAUACAUAUAUCAACGCGCACGCAUGCGCGUGAAUGUGUGUAUGUUACGUUUUCUAAUGCAAAUGUCUAAAUACGAAAUGUAUGCUUUUUUUCUAACAAAGAGGCAGCUAUUGCAUUUUACAUUAUCAGCCAAAUAAAAAUGAAGAAAUUGCGUAAUGUAAUGUAUAAUGAAAAAAUUAUAGUAGGUAUUUAUUUACUAUGUUAGAAAAACAUGCGACGUAACCUAUGAUCAAAACUUUUAAAAUGUUAAAGAAGUAAUAUCGAAUGACAUUUAAUACAUAAUGGAUAAUGAAAAAGAGAAUUUCCUAUUUUAUCCCAAUGGUUCAAAAAAUCUUGCAAAGAAGUUACAUGAUACUUGUAAUUGGGAUCAACUGGAUAAUGUAGCUAUAGAAUAUCAUGAUUUGCAAGAAAUCAUCUAUAUAAAUUACAGAGAACUUCUUGUUACACAAAGUUUGAUUUCUGAUUAUUUAAAAUGCAUAAAAAACAUUGAAUUUAUCGGUAUAAAUUUUGAUAUUCCUGAAUAUUGCGUAAUUUCUGUGAUACUCGGAAUCCUAAAUAGUGGGCAUAGUUUUGUAAAUAUAACUGUUGAUUCAACAGAAUUCACGAAUCUAAAAAACCAUUUAAACUUACAUUAUUUCUUUUCAAAACAAAUGGAUGUUGAGGGGGAUAUUGUAUACGAAUUUAAAAUACACAGAGAAUGUAUUUACCUUAUUAAAAUCAAAGAUGUACAGAGACAAAUUACCCAAAAAGUAAAACAAAAUUGUUACGCUUAUGCAAUUUCUACAUCUGGUUCAACAGGAGCACCAAAAGUAGUCAGAGUACCCCACUUAUGUAUAGUCCCUAAUGUUUUAGAUUUGAACAAAAUACUGGGAAUAACAAACUGUGAUAAAAUUUCUCAAUUUACAAAUUUUACAUUUGAUCCUAGUAUUGUUGAAAUUUUUCUUGCCCUGUCAAAUGCUGCAACACUGUUCAUGGUAUCAAAGUUAUUGAAAAGCGAUCCAAAUAGGCUUUUGAAAGAAAGUUAUUCCAAUGGAAUUACUGUACUACAAAUAACUCCAUCAGUUUUUAUGUAUAGCUGGACAGCUGAAUCUUUAAAAUCUAGUAUUUUAAGUAACAAUACUUUAUUAAGAGCUAUUCUCUUUGGCGGAGAACCCUUUCCUAAACUAGAAUUAAUUUCUGAAGCCAAGCAUCCUUAUAAUAAUACCAAAAUUUAUAACAUCUAUGGUAUUACUGAAGUAUCCUGUUGGGCUAGUAUUAAUGAAAUUAUGAUAACAAAUACACAAUUUAAUGUACAUUGUUUGGGUCAAGCGUUAUCGCAUACUAUAUUUCAAGUUAGGAACGAAAGAGAUGAAGUAAUUACAAAUGGUACAGGCUUCCUCUAUAUAGGAAGUAAUCAAAGAGUGUGUGUGAUGAAUGAUGAAAAUAUCGAAGAUUUAGAAUUACCAGUAUUUCGUGAUUCUGGUGAUGUAGUUAACAUUGACGAAGAAGGAAGGAUAUUUUACAAAGGAAGAAGGGAUAGCUUUAUUAAAAGAUUCGGGAAUAAAGUAGAUUUAACAAAGCUUAAAGAAUUCGUAUUACAAAUAGAUUUUGUGAAAAAUUGUUACGUAAUAUGGGAUGAUAGUUGCCAUCAUUUACAUUUAUAUUUUUCUACUAAGGAGAAUGUCACAAAUAAUCAUAAUAUAGAUACUGAUAUAAUGAAACAUCUCCACAAAUUAGAUUCUUUAUAUAGACCAGAUAGAAUUCAUUUCAUGGAGCGCAUUGAAUUUACAUCUAGUGGAAAAAUUUCUUUAGAAUUUUCAAAAAUGUAUCACACAGAAAGAAUGGUAAUACAUCAGCCAGUAGAAAACAUUGACUUCCAACAAAUUAAAAUUGCUUUUAAAUCAAUUUGGAAUAAUAAUUUACAAUGUGAGAACGAUGGAUUUGUAAAAUUAGGAGGAACAUCUGUAAUAGCACUUCAAUUAUCAAAUACUGUAUCUGAAACACUAAACAUAGAAUUUCCUGAAUUAAUUGGCAUGCUUUUAAUGGAUGCUACUAUCGACGAAUGUCUUAGUUAUAUAAAAAGUGUUAUAUCGAAUAAUGAUCAAAAGGAAAUGAUCAAUCUCAAACCUCAUUUUAAUGGUACUAAAGAAGUCCCUUUAACUAAUAUUGGUAAAGAAGACAUAAAGAAGUCUUCAGAAGUUUCUGAUGAGGAUAGAAAAACUUGUGACUUGAUGAUUCAAACGAAUGAGAUAUACACCUGUCAGUGGUAUAAGUGUAGAGGACAAACAUGUAAAAAUGUGUCAGAUAUAAAUGAAGAACACAAGUUACAAUAUAACGCAAUUUCAAAUGUUAGAAUAUUAAAAGCUCAUGAUUUGAAAAAAUGUGUAGAUGCAUCACCGGCUGUAUUCCAUUAUUCAGAUGGAAAAACGUAUGCAACUGUUGGUUCUCACUCUGGUUUUAUUUUUACUUUUGGAUUACAAGAGGGGUGUUGUAAUUCUACAUUUAAAAUCAAACUACCUGAUAGGAUUGAAGCCUCAGUUUUGGUUUUGGAUGAUUUCAGAGGUAUAGUGGGAUGUUACGAUGGUAAUAUAUAUUGUUUUCACUUAAAAACAGGGGAUAUUAUUUGGAAUCAUCAAACGGGAAAUGUUGUAAAAGGUUCUGCGAUAUUGUGUAAAAUAAAGGGAAUAAUAUUUGUUGGCUCUUAUGACUGUUAUAUAUACUGUCUAUCUGUGAAGGAUGGAUCUGAAGUUUGGAAAUCUAAAUUCGGUGAUGGAAGUAUUAGCGCAUCUGGUUGUUUACAUGUUUUGUCAGACACCGUAUUGUUUGGAACUUUAGACGGAUUGUGUCUAGCACUUCAACAAUCAUCAGGAAAACUUGUAUGGAAGCAUAAAUUGUCAGAUCCAAUUUUUGUUGCUCCUUCGUCGUUGAAUAAUGGGCUUGUCUUAUUUUGUUCUGUAACAGGACUGCUAUGUUGCUUUGAUAUUGAAGUAAAUGUUAAGAUGUGGUCUUACAAGAUCAAUGGCAAUGUAUUUUCAUAUAUUGUGAAGCAGAGUGAUACCUCCACAAAGCGUGAAACUAUUAUUCUAGCUAGUCAAAAUAAGAAUGUGUACUGUUUAGAAUCGAAAGAUACGAACUUUAAAACUAAACCCACAUUAAAAUAUAUAUUAAAUUUACAUUCACCAAUUUUCGCCACUCCCUGGUGUGAGAAUGAUUUUCUGUUCAUAGCAUGUACAGAUGGUACUUUAAAUAUUUAUAACUCUAUAGAAGAUAGAUUGAUAAAAGUUGAAAAACUUCCUGGCGAGGUUUUUUCAUCACCAGUUAUCGAUAAUAAUAUCAUAAUCAUUGGAUGCAGGGAUAAUAACGUCUAUAUUCUAGAACUUGUUUAAAUUAUAAUUGGCAAUUAAGUUUUUGAAAGUGCCUCAAUUUAUAUGUAUGAACUUCGUAUCUCUUAAUGUAUAUGUUUGGAAUUUGAAUUAAUAUCAUAACUAAAUGUGCAGAAUUAUGACAUAUUUUCUAAUGCUAUACAGCGACAUGCUAUUUAUAUAAUUGCGUGUAGGAUUCAUUUUUUUAAAUUACUUCUAUAUUGUACCUCAUGACUUUUUGACUACUGUAAUUACCGAUAUAACUAUAGGAUUCUGUAACAUUUACAAUCUCAAUAAACAGUUAUCCUUAUGUUUUAA